AUGGCGAGCUCUUUAAAUUCAAAAGUAUGCGCUGGAUGCAAAAAUAAUUUGCCAAAGAAGGAAUAUCUAAGUUGCUCGACUUGCGGAUCGAAGUACGACUGUGAAUGUGCAAAUAUAUCCCAAAAACAAUUCGAAAAAAUGGACCAGAAGUUAAAAUCCAGUUGGAAAUGUCCGGAAUGUUGUAGUAAACGGCCUAAGACAGGAAAUACCAACACACCUGUCAGGGCAGCCAUCACAAAUUUGACAUGCAGCAAUGAAUCUGUUAACGAAGAGCAACCUACAGAUUCAAAUAUAACCAUUCGAAAAAAACUUAGCAAGCCACCAACGCCUACAAUGUCUGCCAGCACCGAUGCCGACAGAACAUCCAACUUGACAGAAAGCAACCUACGCGGCAUAAUAAAACAAGAACUGUCAAUCACGAUUAGAGAACUAGUCACAAGUCAACUAAACACAAUUAAUGAACAAAUAACGGGAUUCCACGAUUGUAUGACUUUUAUAAACGCACAGUUUGAAGAAAUGAAAGCGGCAAUGGCAGAAAAAUCAACUAUUAUCAACAAUCUAAAAAAAGAAAACGAUCAACUGAAUGCAUCGGUUAAGGAUCUCACCACUAGGUUGAAUAUCGUAGAAUCCCAUUUGAGAGAAUGUAAUGUCGAGACUUGGCUGAAUUCUAGUGUCCGUGAUAACGAACUAUUUGAUUCGCGUUAUAUCGUAUAUAGAAAAGAUCGUGCAUGUUCCAAUCAGUCUAAACGCGAUGGAGGGGGCGUUCUGGUUGCUAUCUCACGAGAGAUACCUUCCUUUCGGGUUAUUAGUUGGGAGACAAGCGAUGCUGAGUGCAUAUGGCUAGUGUUAGAAACUAAUAAUAGACAAAUAAAAAAGAGGAUCGGGCUUUGUGUAGUUUAUAUACCUCCUCCAGUCAAGCAUGAGUUUCUCAAUAAGUUUCUGGAAAGCGUGGACAACGUGACUAACCACGUUGAUGAUUUAAUAGUAUUGGGGGAUUUCAAUAUGGGUUUUAUCAAAUGCAUUCAAAGUUCUGAAACUGUAAGUUGUUUGCGCAGCGGCGGCAAAGCGGUGCGGCGCGGCGGUACAACACAACGUGAAAUGUUAAUACGGCCGCGACACGGCCCGAAUCAGAAA